AAGAGCGCGCUGUGUGUGCGAGUGGAGAGAACUGGUGACACACCCACGAAGAGCCGCAGGUGUGCGGGUGGUUUGGCCACAGGCAAUUUGACGGACGCAAGAGAAUUGGAUUUGAGGGGCCACACUGCCGCAGCACUGAAGGUGAACUGUAAGAAUCAUAUCUGAAAAUGGAAUUCAGCGAUAUAAAGUCCUCGGCCGCGCUCAUGUACGAUGAGUUCAUCCAAAAUGCAGACUGGCGCACGGGGAACUGGUUCCUCAUGUCGUCCCCUGUGCCCCAAGCGCUCAUCAUUGUAGCAUACAUUUACUUUGUCACGUCACUGGGGCCCCGGAUAAUGGAGAACCGCAAAGCCUUCGACCUCAAGGGAGUUCUCAUCGUCUACAACUUUGGCGUGGUCGCUCUGUCGCUCUACAUGUGCUACGAGUUUGUGAUGUCGGGAUGGGGCACAGGAUACAAUUUUCACUGUGACCUGAUUGACUUCUCUGAUUCACCACAGGGCGUGAGGAUGGCAGCAACAUGCUGGCUUUACUACUUCUCAAAGUUCAUCGAGAUGUUGGACACAGUCUUCUUUGUCCUGAGGAAGAAAAACACCCAGGUGACAUUUCUCCACGUCUACCAUCACUCCAUCAUGCCCUUCACCUGGUGGUUUGGCGUUCGUUUUGCCGGAGGCGGCAUGGGUACAUUCCACGCCCUGCUCAACUGCAUCGUCCAUGUCAUCAUGUACUCGUACUACGGCCUCACCGCCAUGGGCCCCAAAUACCAGAAGUACCUGUGGUGGAAGAAAUACCUCACUACCAUUCAGCUCAUCCAGUUUGUCAUGGUGACGAGCCACAUCUCCCAGUAUUUCUUCAUGGAUUGCCCCUACCAGUUCCCCAUCUUCAUAUACAUCAUCGGCCUGUACGGCCUGAUUUUCCUGUUCCUCUUCCUCAACUUCUGGUACCACGCCUACACCAAGGGCAAGAGGCUGCCGAAAGUUCUGCAGGCUCAGAGAUGGGCACACCACAGCAAUGGGGUUAUGAAUGGAAACGCCAAUCAUGAUAAGGACGAGUGACGCACAACUCUGCUGUUCAGGGGGUUUAGUGGUUGACCUCAUUUGCGUCAGCAAGCCACUGUGGUAGUCGUGAGAUUUUUUUAUUUUGACUUUGUUUGUAUUUUCUUUUUAAUUGCGUUUCUACUUGCAACUGCAAAAUACAAAAAAGACAAUCUUUAAAUUAUUACCAAAGCUAUAUUUAAGACCUAAACAGAAUGGUUUUUAUUUGUUUAUACUGAAGGUAAAGCCCGGGUUCUCCUAUGGAAAAUGGAAUUGUCAGAAUAUCCCUUUAUCUGCCUUGGUUUGAAGAAAUCCACUCCACUAUUCAAUCUGACUGUAGGGCUUCACCUAUGGAAAGACUGCAGGACCCUCAGUUGUACUAGAUCUCCUCAAAAAGCUUCUAAGGCUGAGAUCACUUGUUUGUUUGUUUUUUAUACUAAGUGACUUGAUCUUACUUCUGAGAAGAUUUUUUUUGGAAAUCCAGUUUAAGGUUUUAAGUUGUGCACUGAAAAGUUAAGGGUUGUUUAUUUCACUGGGCCUAAAAUGAUGACUGUUCUGAGUCAACAUUUAAAAAAAAAAAAAAAAGAAUGGUGAUUAGCCUACACACGUCCUUUUUUGUUGUUGUUUAAAUGGUUGCACACAUUCACAAAGGGGUGUUUGAGGUUUGAUCACACACGCAUGACGACUUCUCUGGCUUGAGUCAUAGCUGCUGCUGACGGUACUGACAUUAAGAGGAAAGGAACCACCUUUUACCACGGUGGCAUCGAUUGAGUUUCCUGACUUAAUUCUCCUAUGAAGCAGUGGUGUGACCGAUGCAAUAGUGGAUGAAUGACUGUGGUUCUUACUGGUUUCAGAGCUUAAGCCACUGCUUCCUUACUGAAGCACAAUGCAAAAAUAACCCUAGCUGAGCUGCAGCAAAGAUUUGCAUAAAUUCACUACCUUGCCAACCAGUCAGAAAACAUGAGCAGCCUUGUUUUCCUGCUUGGAGUAUUUUUUUUGUUUUGCGUCAUAUAUUGAAGCGUUGUGGCGACAAGGUCUUCAGAUGACUGGAGUCGGGCGCUGCCUUUUGGGCUGAGGUCUGAAGAGUGUAGUUUUAUAUCAUUCUGAUCUUACACAGAAAAGUCAAUGUGAUGACUGAGGACAUAGGAUCAACCUUGGUCUGGAAACCGUUCCACUUUUUUCAGGUGGAAGCCCAUGUUUACGUUCAGAUUUACACAUGCAUAACGUCGGUGACUUCAGUUCCCUUCACAGAUCCUUUUUAUAAUAAUGUAAGAAAUGUGAAAAAUGUUUAUAUUGUAUUUUAUGUAUUUAUACAAAAAUAAAUGAUCAUUGUACUUUGAAA